UGACCACAGCCAAAUAACGGUAGUAAUUUGCUUCGUUUUCAUUUCUUUUUUUAGUCGUUUUACUUUUUCAUCAUUUGAAUCUUUGGUUAACAAUAGUACAUUGACUUGUAAGCCUUGUCAAUGUUUGCCUUUUGCAUUUUAAUAUUGGUUCAGUCCAGAGUCGGUGCGGCACAUUUGUGCACACCUGACAGACCUGACACUGCUAAUUAAACACUCCACUAAAAAUGGUCAGAGUUACAGGACUUGUUUACCAUGUGGUGGCCGCGCUGUGUUUGUGUCGCGCUUCGUUGUCUGGAAAAACCCUGGAAAGAACCGGACUUGAAAUAAAAUGCGAAGAGGUCCAAAUAAAAAUCACAGUAAAGCGACGGUUUUUCGACGAGAGGCGGAUCCCGUUCAGACGCGAGCAUCUGCAACUUGGAGCAAACCCAACACGGGAGCCACGGUGUGGACCGAGCGAACAAAUGUCUGACCGCGAUGCACUGGUCAUCUCAGCAGGGCUUCAGGACUGUGGCACUGUGUCCAGUGUUCAUGUUGAGUGGCUUGUAUAUUCCAACCAGCUAUUACUACUUCCUGCCUUGGCUUCUACCUCCUCGGGUAGUUUAAUUAUUAGAGGACCAACAACUGUCAUACCUGUUGAGUGCCGGUUUAAGAGGAAGCAGAUAGUGAGUGCACAACCAUUAACUCCAACGUGGCUACCCAUGACAUCCACUGUCAGUGUUUUUGGCCUCCUGCACUUUUCCCUUCGUACUGUGGAAGAUGACUGUACCUCUCUACGUAGUACCUCAGUUUACCAGCAGGGAGAAGCAGUGUUUCUGGAGGCCAGUGUGGAAGCUCCAUUGCACCCUCCACUGACUGUGUUUGUGGACCACUGUGUCGCUACACUGAAGCCUGACCCUCUCUCCACGCCCAGCUACAAAUUUAUCACCCGACAAGGAUGUCUCGUGGACAGCGUGUUACCGGGGUCAUCGUCGAAAUUCCUCCGUAGGCAGCAGGAUAACAGGUUAUGCUUCAGUGUCAAAGCCUUCCACUUCAAGCAGGAGUCUGUGGAGCAGAUGUUCAUCAGCUGCCACCUGAGGGCCACACUGAAACAAAAAUCUCAGAGUCAUCUGAAUAAAGCGUGUUUCUUCCACAGGGCCACAUUCAGCUGGCGUGCCACAGAGGGAGACGAUGCUCUGUGUGAGUGCUGUGACUCUGAUGACUGUGCAAGACACAACGUAGAGGAGAGCAGUGGCCACACUGUGCACAUGACUCAAUCAGAUACAGAAAAUAAUCAUGAGGGCGACACAACAGUUGGGCCACUUCAUGUCCUGCAACACCACUGGACAGGUCGUCUGUCAGUCAGUUACUAAAGAAGCUUUUCCCAACCGUACAGACACUGCUGAGAUCAAGCCCAAGGGAGUUUUCCAAUAAAGCAUUUAUCUCACACUGUUUUUCCUCAUGACUUAUUAUGGAAGUUGAAAGGCAUUCUAGUACUCCUCGUAACUGGUGCCACGAAAAACAGGACGCUAGUGAGAGGAAGCUAAAUGGACUUCAGCCAUCAUUCAUUUGACACCUGUGCUUUUCCCUACUGUGAACCGGUCGAAACGUCUCUCUUUUUAGUAAGUGUAUCUUAAUAAAUAAAUGUAAGAAAUACAUAUUCUAUACACUAACUUCAUGAGAGGAUUUAUUAUUUUGAUUACUCUGAAUCAGAGAGAGAGCGAUAUAAAUGAUUCACAGUGCUGGAUAUCUGGAACACACACAGUUCACUAUUCAUAAAGUCAGAAACAGUAUGAGUGUGAAAUAAAAGCAGCGUCCAGACAUGAACCAAUUCAAAUUGAGGUAUAACCACGUGAUUUUCACACAAAGAAGAAGAAGAGGUUGUCAAAACAUGAUGUCUAUGUAUGUUGGUAUAGGUGUAUAUACAGCGUGUGUAUGUAUAUAUGUAUAUAUAUAUAUAUAUACUUGUAUAUAUGUAUAUAAUGUACAUAUAAGUACAAAUGAUGUGAUGAAAUGUAGAAAGAUGUCUACAGGAAGCCAUGCUGAUUAAUUAAUUCAUGUUUCAAGGAGAAGGGGUGAGAUUAAGUAAGCUUUAAACUCCUUCUCUAUCCUUUUCAAACAUGAGAAGAAACACAUGAAU